AUGAAGCGUUCUGUGAAGAGGGGUCCUGUAUGCAGUUUUGAGCUUUCAAGUGACUCUCAGCGUGAAAUUCCAUUUAUUGCUGAAGUCGUCGACGAUAAAGAGGGAUUUGGUGAAAUACGACUAAAGGAUGGAUUACAUUUGGAUUGUAGUGUACCAGUCUACAAACUUAACAUCGUUGCACUUCGUUGCAGCGAUAACGCUAAAUCCGAAAGUAUUCCACUGCAAAUAACAGUGAAAGAUGUGAACGAUCAUGCACCAGAAUUUUCACAACCCUGGUAUACGUUUGAUGUUCAAGAAGGUAAAUUAUAUCCCGAAAUAGCUCGUCUACAAGCAAUUGAUAAAGACUGUGGUGAUCCUUAUGGACUUAUUUGUAGCUAUGAAAUCUCAAAUGCUCUCGAUGCUUUUCCAUUUGCUAUCGACGAACAGGGUGUCUUGAGGAACACACAACCACUAAACUUUACGAAAGCAAAAUCCUAUAUUUUGACUAUUGUCGCCCAUGACUGUGGAAUGAGGCAAUCCAAGUCAGCUUUGGUGACCGUAAAUGUACGUGAAGCAUGCAUAAGCGGUCUACACAAAGUACCAGAGAGUGUCGAUUAUAAAGUGCAAGCGAAAAGUGUUAAAAUUCUACCAGAUGUCCAAGUGAAGACAUGCAAAGCAGAUUUUGAUGCACCAAUUAAGAGUAUCACAAGUACAAUCAGUUUACACAGUUCACAUUUGGCUGAUGGAUGCGAUAAAGAAGAUAUUAGACCGUCGCAUACAUUGACCAGAUGUGAUGCCAAUGCUGAUGCAGUAUCUUUGCUUCCGGAACCAGACGAUGAAGAUCCAACAGAAAAAGCAGUGGCGACAGAAAAAUAUGAAUUUGAUGGUAAAACAAAUGCAUUGAUUGUUGCUGCAGAUAAGGUUGACCGAUUAGUGCCGGAAACAUUUACAAUCCUAUUUGCAAUGAAACAUACAAAAAGUAACAAAAGUGAACAUAACAUCAAAGAGAAUAUUCUUUGUGAAAGCGAUGAAAAAGGUAUGAAUCGACAUCAUUUUGCUGUUUAUACUCGACACUGUAAAUUGGAAAUGUUGAUGAGACGUGAAAGUAAUGCUGAAGCAGCUUUCCGAGCUGCGGAAUGGAGGUGGAACGUUCCAGAAGUAUGCGACGGUCAAUGGCAUAACUAUGCAAUUCUAUUCUCCAACGUUGAUCAGGUGGAUCUGUACAUCGAUAACAAAAAAUUUGUUUCAACCGGUGACAAUCCAGAAAUAUUGGAUGACUGGCCAUUACAUAAAAGUAAAAAUAAGAAAACACGUUUGGUUGUUGGAGCUUGCUGGCACGGAAGAAACCAGACAAUGACACAGUAUUAUAGAGGACACCUAUCAUACAUACUGUAUGUCGCCGGAAAAGUUGAGCAACCCCAAACUCUGCUUUGUGCUAAUCAAUGUCGAGAGCAGCUGAAAUUUGAGGCUAUGGAUCAGUUGGUACCGGGCGAGGAAGCUAUUUUUGAGAACGAUUCUUCAGUUCUUACGCUGAAGGCAAAUACCGCUGAAGAUUUGUCACUCUUGCUUCAGAAGGUCUACUACGUAAAUUCGAUUAAAUCACCAACACCAGGACAUCGUAGCUUUGAUGUUGUUACUACUGUUCAGUGUGUCAACAAUAAAACUAUAGAGUUGAAAUCAGCAAAAGGUUACAUUUUUGUGAAGAAGGAAGCCGACCCUGUGCUGUCGAUCAGCGGUGUUUCUGUUGUCGAUAGCGAUCAACAUCUCGUAAAAACUGGAGCCCCAAUGCUCGCUGAUAUUAAAAUUACAGUCACCCAAACCAUUGAUGAUGAAGAAGUGGAAAAAACCAGUGAAACAUAUUUGGAUUGGUGCAAAGUACAUUUGAAGCCGUCUCGAGACAUUGAUCUUGAAUACUUUUCAUCUCCCGCCUCGUUAAUCGCCUCAUUACAUAUCGAUUUUGAGCACGAUAAACAAGGUAUUUUAUUGAAAGGAUUGGAGAAGGUGAAAGGAUACCGUGAAAUAUUGUCGAAAAUCCAUUACUUUAACACCCGGGCCGAUUCAUUUUCGAAGAGGAUUUAUGGCGUGCAAUGUGCAAUGAAUGGUGGCAGAAUACUGAGCAACGAACUGCUUGUUACCAUGAAUAUUGAAGCUGCAAAACCUUCGGAAACUCAACUGGAAGAAGUAAUAGAGCCAGUAGAUCCACAGUUUGAUCCUGUUCUGGGUCAUUUUGGUGGAAAUCGUUUACAGAACAUCCUUGAAUUGGAUAUGCCUCGGUCUAGUGCAUUUAUCUCACAACAGUACGACGGUAGCCAAGGAGCAGUAGCAGGCGGUGCAGUAGCUGUAGUUAUUGUGGUCUGCGUGGGAUUUUUGCUUGUACUACUUGUAAUCGGGGUACUUAAGAUGCGUGAAGGCCCGUAUUCAGAACGUCGCCGCAAUAGGAAAAACACUGAAGGAGGUAUGGAAUGGGAUGAUAGCGGUAUGAAUAUCACGGUCAAUCCGCUGGAUGAAGUUGGCAAGAAUGCAAUCGGUUAUACAAAUGAAGAGGAAAGUUCCGAUGAAGCUGAAAGUUUUCGUGAGGAUGAAAUGAGCGAAGAUGAUGAAGAAGACGAUGAUGAACAAGUGCUACCACAUGUUCAGAUGAAUGUUAAAAUAUAA